AUUCCCUGGUGGGAUACUGACUUGAGGGUUUCUCUGUUACUUCAUUUACGAUUAUUAAAAAAAAUUCAUUAUAUUAAUUCCGAUUGAAUUAUCUUGCAUUGAAUCCAGUAGUGCUUCAUUAUGCAGAUCUUCGUGAAAACCUUGACUGGCAAGACCAUUACGUUGGAGGUUGAGGCUUCUGACACAAUUGAAAAUGUCAAAGCCAAGAUCCAGGACAAAGAGGGAAUCCCUCCAGACCAGCAACGUCUGAUCUUCGCUGGUAAGCAGCUCGAGGAUGGCAGAACCCUUUCUGAUUAUAAUAUUCAGAAAGAGUCCACCCUUCACCUUGUCCUGCGUCUUCGAGGUGGCAUGCAGAUCUUCGUGAAGACGUUGACUGGAAAGACCAUCACCCUGGAGGUCGAGGCCUCUGACACAAUUGAAAAUGUCAAAGCCAAGAUCCAGGACAAAGAGGGAAUCCCUCCAGACCAGCAACGUUUGAUCUUCGCUGGUAAGCAGCUCGAGGAUGGCAGAACCCUUUCUGAUUAUAAUAUUCAGAAAGAGUCCACCCUUCACCUUGUCCUGCGUCUUCGAGGUGGCAUGCAGAUCUUCGUGAAGACGUUGACUGGAAAGACCAUCACCCUGGAGGUCGAGGCCUCUGACACAAUUGAAAAUGUCAAAGCCAAGAUCCAGGACAAAGAGGGAAUCCCUCCAGACCAGCAACGUUUGAUCUUCGCUGGUAAGCAGCUCGAGGAUGGCAGAACCCUUUCUGAUUAUAAUAUUCAGAAAGAGUCCACCCUUCACCUUGUCCUGCGUCUUCGAGGUGGCAUGCAGAUCUUCGUGAAGACGUUGACUGGAAAGACCAUCACCCUGGAGGUCGAGGCCUCUGACACAAUUGAAAAUGUCAAAGCCAAGAUCCAGGACAAAGAGGGAAUCCCUCCAGACCAGCAACGUCUGAUCUUCGCUGGUAAGCAGCUCGAGGAUGGCAGAACCCUUUCUGAUUAUAAUAUUCAGAAAGAGUCCACCCUUCACCUUGUCCUGCGUCUUCGAGGUGGCAUGCAGAUCUUCGUGAAGACGUUGACUGGAAAGACCAUCACCCUGGAGGUCGAGGCCUCUGACACAAUUGAAAAUGUCAAAGCCAAGAUCCAGGACAAAGAGGGAAUCCCUCCAGACCAGCAACGUCUGAUCUUCGCUGGUAAGCAGUUGGAAGAUGGCCGAACCCUCUCAGACUACAACAUUCAAAAGGAAUCCACUCUGCACUUGGUCCUACGUCUUCGUGGUGGAAUGCAGAUUUUUGUUAAGACAUUGACUGGCAAAACCAUCACCCUGGAAGUCGAAGCAUCUGACACUAUUGAAAAUGUUAAAGCUAAAAUUCAAGAUAAAGAAGGUAUCCCACCAGAUCAACAGCGUUUGAUCUUCGCUGGUAAACAAUUGGAGGACGGAAGAACUCUUUCAGACUACAACAUUCAAAAAGAGUCCACCCUCCAUCUCGUUCUUCGUCUUCGAGGAGGAAUGCAGAUUUUCGUGAAAACUUUGACUGGUAAGACUAUCACACUUGAAGUGGAGGCAUCUGACACGAUUGAGAACGUCAAGGCCAAGAUCCAGGACAAGGAGGGCAUUCCCCCAGACCAGCAGCGUUUGAUCUUCGCUGGUAAACAACUGGAAGAUGGCAGAACUCUGUCAGACUACAACAUCCAGAAAGAAUCAACACUCCACUUGGUCCUGCGUCUGAGAGGAGGAAUGCAGAUAUUCGUGAAGACCCUCACGGGAAAGACGAUCACCCUAGAAGUCGAAGCCUCUGACACCAUCGAAAAUGUCAAGGCCAAGAUCCAGGAUAAGGAGGGCAUUCCCCCAGACCAGCAGCGUUUGAUCUUCGCUGGUAAACAGUUGGAGGAUGGGAGAACACUCUCUGAUUACAAUAUCCAGAAAGAGUCCACUCUCCAUCUUGUUCUUCGUCUUCGAGGAGGAAUGCAGAUUUUUGUCAAGACUCUGACUGGCAAGACCAUCACACUCGAAGUAGAGGCCUCUGACACAAUUGAAAACGUCAAGGCGAAGAUCCAGGAUAAAGAGGGAAUUCCUCCAGACCAACAACGUCUCAUCUUCGCUGGUAAACAAUUGGAAGAUGGCAGGACUCUCUCAGACUACAACAUCCAGAAGGAAUCCACUCUGCACUUGGUCCUACGUCUUCGAGGUGGCAUGCAGAUCUUUGUAAAGACAUUGACUGGGAAGACCAUCACACUGGAAGUAGAGGCCUCUGACACUAUUGAAAAUGUCAAAGCCAAGAUCCAGGACAAAGAGGGAAUUCCCCCAGACCAGCAGCGUUUGAUCUUCGCUGGUAAACAAUUGGAGGAUGGGAGAACACUCUCUGAUUACAAUAUCCAGAAAGAGUCCACUCUCCAUCUUGUUCUUCGUCUUCGAGGAGGAAUGCAGAUUUUCGUCAAAACCCUAACUGGCAAGACCAUCACACUCGAAGUAGAGGCCUCUGACACAAUUGAAAACGUCAAGGCCAAAAUCCAGGACAAGGAGGGCAUUCCUCCAGAUCAACAGCGUUUGAUCUUUGCUGGUAAACAACUGGAAGAUGGUAGAACUUUGUCCGACUACAACAUCCAGAAAGAAUCUACACUCCACUUGGUUCUUCGUCUCAGAGGUGGCUUCUAAAAUUAUCAUUAUAUCACGGGUGAAAUUAUGAAAGAAAAUUGAUAGUACUGAUAGAUUUAAAGCUUCGUAAUUUUCAUUCCAAGUUUUCGUUUUGUCAUACGAUCUUUUUUAAUUGAUUUCACAAACAGUAUUUUAUUCAGACAUGUCUUGUGGGCUGCAGGUACGAUUUAAUAAACGUUACAUGUCCUCAAA